CGACCAUACACUUUCAACCGGUAUCUUGGUGGUGGGAUUAAGAAAUACAGGAGUGGCAGGUACAUUGGGCUUCCAAGGAAGAUGGCAGAUGGAGGAGUGGGUCUGAAGGAGCGCAUCAAGGCACACAAGAUGUCUCUCUUUUGUGCACUGUGCAGCACUGGAUGGUCGGGUGACGGCAAAUUCUGGAAUCAGAUCUUCACUAAUCGGAAAGAAAAAACGACGCCAAAGAGCCGCCAGUCUGCUGCUUUUGAGAAGCGGAUAAAGGAACAGCCUUUUGCGGAAUCCCUCAACAAGAUCAAGGACGUGGUACAGAGCGAGUUCAUUGGUUCGUUUCCGAUCGCUAAACUCAACUUCUUUGCGCUGUAUGCCUUCUGCACUGAGGUCCUGAUUGAGGUUUCGCGAAAGUUUACCGCGCCGGGAGCUAUGCCGGUGUCUAUGAUACCCUACAACCUGGAACUGGCAGUGGACUGCGCUGCAGGUUUCUCCUUUGUCGCUUGUUCAUUCGAUGUCAUUCAAAUCUUCCUAGAUAGAAACCAAUCGGUGGCGGGACAUCGAGCUUUGCUUUUGAUGAAGAAGGCUUUGAUUACAGUAAGCGAAGGAAAGACCGCAUCUGACUUUCUAUGGAAGUCUCUUUGAGUAUUACAAUGUGUCGACACUGGUUUUCUACGUCCCAUGUAUACCAUAUAUCACAGCCUAGCUUCCUCCAACUGCCAAAACCUCGCACUAAUGUCAACAAAAUUCCCAUA